AUGGCAACAGACUUGCAGGGAUUGCUUCUUGUGGGUUUCUGGGUUGUUUCUGUCCAGGUUCUUAACUUAUCUGAGGCUCAGGAGUUCAGCGUUUCGGUACGAGAAAACGUCGCUGUUGGGGAGACCAUUUUCAGCCUACCAGGGACCCGGUCUGGACAAGAAGCGGAACUUCCGUGUGCCAAAAUGGAGGGAGAUCCGUACGGCCGCUUUAAUGUGAAGGAGAACUGCACUGUUGUGGUCGCCAACCCUCUGGACUGGUCAGUACAGCCGGUAUAUCUGCUGAAUAUUCGCAGUGGAGUUGGCAACACGACUGUUAAGGUAGAGUUGACUGACGUUGAGGGCUAUCCUCCUGUGUAUAACGAGACGUGUGAAACUCCUGUCAACCCUGACCGUGAGACGGGUGAUUUCAUGUACAGUUUUGAUGUGGCAUGGGAAGUUGUGACAGUCUAUGGAGACAUUUUGUCUGGCAGAACCUUUCCUGACUUUUCUCCCAAUACACAGUGGCAACCUUGGCAGUUGCAAACAGACAACAGUAAUUGCAACAUUCACGUAGUUGGGUACACUGACCAUAUUGAUAAUUUAGUAGCUCUGCAAGAUCUUUGGAACAAUGACAUCCAACAGUUCACGUGCACGGCGGAUGACAAAACACCCAAACUAUUCGUGAACUUGUAUAGUCUUAAAUUUGGUGAAAGUUCUGCCUUAGACCGAUUAGCAAUGCACGUUCCUGAAUCCAUCGUAAAGAACACAAAUUUGAACUUUAUCAUUAUGAUUUCCUUGUCAUUUCCUACAACAGAAGCAAGGCUAUAUCGCUGUGAGAUUCCACAUUUUCAUAUCCCAGUCAAACCACAACAGAUAGUAAAUAUUGAAUAUCUGGACAUUCAAAUAAAACCCACGGGCUGCCCACAAGAAAAGUACGGCUUUCUCUGCGACAAAACCUGCAUCUGUAAGAACGGCGCCCGCUGCCACGGGUUUAACGGCGCCUGCAAAUGUCCGCCCGGCUGGAAAGGUGUGGCCUGUGACAUUCCCAAACAGGACGUCUCCAUCACGACGACACCCAGCGACCCUCGCCACAUCUACAUCUCCGCAAACCUCACGUUUCACUGCAAGGCCCACCAUGUCGACGUUACGUACAUGUCGGUUAGAUAUCCAAAUGCGACAGAGGAUAUCAGCGUCGGUUUAACUAAGAUUGACGUUGUGGUUCCGAACAUACAACCGACUAACAGCGGACCCUACAGCUGCCAGGUCCGAGACACCCGGGGAAACACACUCAACACCACGUUUGUGCUCAAUGUUACCAACUGUGCUCCAGACAGAAAAGGUGCCGGGUGUGAGGAAGUGUGUGAUUGCCUACAAGGUGCCAGCUGUGACCGGUGGGCCGGUUGUGUCUGUCCGCCGGGAUGGACGGGAACCAGGUGUCAGACAAAAUGUCUCAAUGGCACUUACGGCAAAGACUGUGCAAGGAACUGUAGUUGUCAAAACGGGGCGAGCUGUAGCUCUAGCGACGGUCGGUGUGGAUGCACUGAUGGUUGGUACGGAAGGGAUUGCAGCAAACCGUGUCUAAACGGUCGGUUCGGUCAGGGUUGUCACGGUGUUUGUGGCUGUAAGAACAAUGCCACAUGUAGUAACGUUGACGGCAGCUGCGCAUGUGUGACGCCGUGGACGGGACGGAACUGUGACCAAUGGCAGACAAGCAGAGACGAAUCGUUGAUCACAAACCUGGUCAUACUGCCCUCCUUAGUCUUCCUUUUUGCCAUAGGGACGGCAAUACUGUACAAAACUGGCUCUCUGUCCCGUUCCGCGCCCGACGCAGGUGAGGAGGAGAAGAUCCUUUUAGAGCUGAGGAGAAUGGAGCAAGAUCUAGCACAGAGUCUACAGCCCGGCUGGCUGGUACGUUGGGAGAAGAAGGCCCGUCAUCUUACUCCUGGUCCCCUGAUAGGGUUAGGAAUAUCUGGGCUAGUCAGAAAGGCACAACUGCGCACACCUGAGGGAGAGCUCGCUGUUGCCGCCAAGACAGUUCGCGUCGAGGACUCGCAGUCCUAUCGAGACUUCUACAGAGAAGCAGCCAUAUUGGUCGCCGUACACCAACAACGAAAUGGCGAUUGUCGUGAUUCCAACAUUGUUCGUCUUGUUGGACUCAUCACCAAGUCUACCGAGAAGUACAUUCUUCUGGAAUAUGCCCCAAAAGGCGAUCUCUUAUAUUUUCUACGCCAAAAAGUUGACAUUGACGAGGCAGGCCUACUUGGAAGCCUUCUUGGAUACGCAGUUGACAUAGCAAGGGCUCUACAAGAACUGGGACGCUUGAGAAUCGCUCAUCGUGACGUGGCCGCUCGAAACGUCCUGAUCACCGCAGAUGGCGUGGCCAAGUUGUCUGACUUUGGACUGGCCAGAGAUGUCUACACCUCUACUCAGUAUGUACGAAGAGACACUCCGGGCGUGGACGAACUCCUACCGCUGAAGUGGAUGGCGCUGGAGUCCAUCGAGACCGGCGAGUACACCUGUCAGAGUGACGUCUGGUCCUUCGGCGUGCUGCUGUGGGAGAUCGCCACGCUGGGGAAAGAUCCGUGCUACGAUGGCAGGGCUCAGCUGAGCUUUCUCCAGAUGGUGGGGAUUCUGAGGCAAGGAAAACGGCUGGAGAUGCCAGAGGGAUGUCCGGAGGACAUGUACGGACUAAUGAGGUCGUGUUGGCGUGACGUUCCAGAUACAAGACCGACCCCAGAAGGGCUAGAAGAGAGGCUGCUGCAACUAAGACGUGCACUCGCGUUGCCUCAACAAGACGUCAUUGAAAUGGGAACUGUGGUGUAGUUAUCCCUCCCUCCAAAAGCUUCGCAAUAGAGGGAAACGAUGACAACCUUGAACCCAAAACUGUAUUGUGAUACAUUCAUAAGUUAAAAUUACGUGUAAAAAUAUUAGUUUGCAGGUUA